AUGUGCUCCAAGGAGGACUCAGAGGCUAUCACCAUCAAGAAGGCCUGUCUAGUGACGGUGGACGUAUUCAACAAGUACCUCAAAGAUCACAUCAUGGAGAUUAUCGAUGCCGAUAAAAAAAUCCAGCUUUCCACGGCCCAUGAACGACACGAAAACAACAACCAAAUUUCGGAACAACUAAAAUACCGAUCAAUGCCAAACAUCCCAAUCUUGACGUCAGCACUUGCCGCAAUCCUAAAAACAGAAUACCCUACAGUAAAAAUAGCUCCAAGAACGAUCAAAACAACCAAAACACUCCUACAACCGGUAAAGGAUCCAAUAGUACCACAACAACAACACAACGUCAUCUACAGCAUCCCAUGUAGGAAUUGCGAAAAAGUUUAUAUUGGUAUGACCACAAACCACUUAAAAAAACGAUUAAGUGGACACAAAUCCAAUAUAAAUAAACUAGCAGAAAUCCUACAAACAACACAGCACAUCCAUGCGAAAACCGCACUUAUACAACACAUAGCAGAUCACCAGCACACGUUCAAUCUUGAAGGUACAAAAAUAAUUGAUCGCACCUACCGAAGUUCUGCUUUAUCGAUGCUAGAAAUGUGUCAUAUAAACAACACAUCUAACACCGUUAAUUAUAGAACAGAUGUAGCGGGGCUAAACACAACGUACGCUGGUAUUCUACAUACCGUGAGAGCUAAUCUCUCACGCAGAGAACGAUCACGAAACAAUACACACAGUCAAGUUGAACAAAGCACGAACGAGUCGACAUAGAUGAGCUUUAUCUACUUUUGUGUAUGCUUUAUCCCACCAUCUUCUUCAAAAUAACCGUUGUAUAGUGUAGUGUCAUAUAGUGUCCUAUGUUAAUUUAUAUUAAACUCAAUGUAAGUCCAGUAAAACAAAAUACCGCGAAAUAGUACCUUAACAACAUUUAAAAUACAGGCACCAUACAGGAAGCUCCUCCAAGCUAAACACGCUUAUCGUGGCAACAAACAAAAAAAUUUGACGACAAACGGUAGACUGUGUAUGUUCAUUUUAUAUCAAUGUUUAAUGUUAGUAGUAGUCUCUAUAGGUUGUAAUAUUUUUCUAGUUUACCCUUGAAAAAGGCCACAAUAAACGGCCGAAACGUCGGGCAAUGCAAAACUAACUGUUUGAAUUACCCUAGACUGAGAAAGCCAUAAAAACGAAAUCUCCAUAA